AUGAAAGCACUUUCACUGAUUUUUGGGUUUGCUGGAAAAUAUAAAAAAUAUAAACUUCAUGGUGAUGUAUCUCGAGCACUAGAAUUUCUGAGAUCAUUUCAAGCUUCAAUAUUUGGCGAGAACUCUAUUCAGAUACCAGAAUUAUCCAUUUAUAGAUUGACUAGAAUAAAAUUGAAAAGUUCUGCAUCAAUGUUGAAUUUAUUUAGCCCCAGGAAGCUACCUUGGGUAUCUGGUACAGAUGGUCAGAAAAAGGUAGUUUUAACUGCUGUAGAAGUAGAAUCUCUUCGGUCAGAAAUUGCUGCUUUGGAAGAAAGAGAAGCUCAUCUAAAAGCUCAAUUAGAACAUAUUGACGAAAUACUGCAGUCUGCUCGCAUGUCGGGUUAUUUGUAUGUGAGAACGAGAUGGGCGGCUUUACCAGGAGAACCUCUUCCAAUCGAUGAUGACACUGAAGUUGAUGACUGGCUUCCUAAAUUUCUUGUCCUUCAGGGAUUGGGUAUUUUCUUGUAUUCAUCAUCCAUAGAUCUGAGCCCUCAAGACUCAACUCUCCUAUCUGAUGUUGUUGAAGUUGGAGCCAUGCCUUGUCUGAAACGUGACGAUGGUGAUACUCGAUAUUGCUUUUUUAUCUCAACUCGUCAUGGGCUGAGAUAUGAAUGCUCUAGUGCUUCUAAAAUACAGGUUGAUUCCUGGUUGGUGUCAUUACAGAAUCAUUGUGAUCUGCAAUCUAAUUGCAUCGCGCCUGAUGAGUUAACCAAGACUUGUUUCACUCUAUUUCUCACUCUCUUUCUCUCUCUAUCACUUCACACAUUUUUUGUCUUUCUCUCUAAAAGCUCAGAGAUGAAUUCUCAGAUUUACAGAUCUGCUUCACGAGCUGCUAAGUCACUCAUUUCUGCUUCAUCUAAGCAGAGUUCUCGUGCUUUUUCAGGGGGGCGAGCAGCAGCUGCAGCAGCCACAGUUUCUUUGAGAGGAGUGGUGCCUUCUCUAGCCUCAUAUGGCAGGAGUGAAUCUGGAAAUGCAUCUAGAGCUUGGAUCUCUGGUGUCCUUGCCCUUCCUGCAGCAGCUUACAUGCUCCAGGAGCAAGAAGCACAUGCUGCUGAGAUGGAGCGCACCUUUAUUGCCAUCAAGCCAGAUGGAGUACAGAGGGGCCUGAUUUCAGAAAUCGUAUCACGCUUUGAGCGCAAGGGCUUCAAGCUGGUUGCAAUCAAAGUUGUGAUUCCUUCCAAGGAAUUUGCACAGAAGCACUACCAUGACUUGAGUGAGAGACCAUUCUUCAACGGUCUGUGUGAUUUCCUUAGCUCUGGCCCUGUCUUAGCAAUGGUUUGGGAAGGUGAAGGAGUUAUCAGAUAUGGAAGGAAGCUUAUCGGAGCCACGGAUCCACAGAAAUCUGAACCUGGAACCAUCAGAGGCGACUUAGCGGUUGUAGUUGGAAGGAACAUCAUCCAUGGUAGCGAUGGCCCCGAGACCGCGAAGGAUGAAAUCAACCUAUGGUUUAAACCAGAGGAGUUGGUUAACUACACAAGCAAUUCAGAGAAGUGGGUAUAUGGUGACAAUUAAGCAAACGUACUCUUGCAUUAAUCUAAUUAAUUGCCAUUAAAAAGGCAUGAGGGUAGCAAACUCAUAAUUAUCAAAAUAAUGCCAAUUUUUUCUAAGGCGACUAGCAAUAACAUCUAGUAUACUGUUUACUUGAAUCACCACAAUAAUAUGUACUGAAAGAUCUAUUGCAACUA